GAUCCAGACUGAAGGGGAACCAUGGCUUCCUCAACUUCUAAAACUAGAAUUUAUGUAGAGAGCCUCUGGUGACCUGGCAUUUUCUUACCAGAGAUUGCUAAGUUCCCAAACUGUCACUGACACCAGGGAAAGCCUCCUGCUGGGCUUCUGGGUCCAGGGGAGCAUCUCACCUUCCAUACAACUGUGUCCUUUAUGCUUUUCCUGCCCCCAUCCUCAAACAGGCCCCAGACGGCCGACCUGAGGAACAGCAGCACAGUGACCGAGUUCAUCCUCGUGGGCUUUGAGCAGAGUUCCCCUUCCACCCGAGCUUUACUCUUCAGCCUCUUCCUGGCUCUCUACAGCCUCGCCAUGGCCAUGAAUGGCCUCAUCAUCUUCAUCACCUGGACUGACCCCAGGCUCAACAGCCCCAUGUACUUCUUCCUCGGACACCUGUCUUUCCUGGACAUCUGCUUCAUCACCACCACCAUCCCACAGAUGUUGAUCCAUCUGGUGACCAAGGACCACACGGUCUCCUUUGCCUCCUGUAUGACCCAGAUGUACUUGGUCUUUCUAGUGGGUGUGGCCGAGUGCAUCCUCUUGGCUUUCAUGGCCUAUGACCGUUAUGUUGCAAUCUGCCACCCACUCAACUAUGCCCAGAUCAUGAGCCAGAAGGUGUGUGUCAGGCUGGUGUGUUCUUCCUGGAUCUUUGGGAUGGUCAAUGGCAUCUUCCUUGAGUAUAUGUCAUUCCGGAAUCCUUUCUGCAAAGACAACCACAUAGAAAACUUCUUCUGUGAGGCCCCCAUAGUGAUUGCCCUCUCCUGUGGGGACCCUCAGUUCAGCAUGAAGGUGAUCUUUCUUGAUGCCAUUGUGGUGCUGCUCAGCCCCAUGGUGCUCAUUGUCACCUCCUAUGCCCGCAUCCUGACCUCCAUCCUCAGCAGAGCCUCCUCCUCAGGCAGGGGGAAGACCUUCUCCACUUGUGCCUCUCACCUGACUGUGGUCAUCUUCUUCUACACCUCAGCCAUGUUCUCUUACAUGAAUCCCCGCAGCACACAUGGGCCUGACAAAGACAAGCCUUUCUCCCUCCUCUACACCAUCAUCACCCCCAUGUGCAACCCCAUCAUCUACAGCUUCCGCAACAAGGAAAUGAAGGGGGCCAUGGGGAGGGCCCUUGGGAGAGGCAACCUGGCCCAGGCAGAGUCUGUCUAG